GCCAUGUGUAGAUUCUACGCCCAGCAUGUGGUGCAUUGUUCAACGGCAAAGUCAAAGUUCGUUCAGUACAGUCAGUAGUCCUUGUGUCGACUCAUAGUCAUAGAGACUCAUCAUACUCACCACACAGUGUGCAUCCCAUUGGGGGGAAGGUGGACUGCUAUCUAUUCGAUCGUCUGACAACGACGUCUUCGGCAAGGGUCGGGCGACUCAGGUAUUUCUAGUGUUUGGCCGACAAGGAUAUUCGACGGCAACCAACCGCUGGCCAAGCAUGGAGCAUGCACAGACCCACAAUGAUGAGACGCACGCUCCCAGGAGGGAUGGAAACGGACACACACCGGCUGGUGGAAAGGUGCGCAUUGAAGCAUGCCCUGCGGGCGGCGCAACGUACGUGGUGCUGGACAACGGGGACUUCUGCAAGCUGCCUGACAAGGAGGCACGAGAGCGGGUUCUCAAUGAGUAUUUCGACGAGGCGUUCUCCACCGAUGCCAAGACUGGCCAGCCACGUCAUGUGAUGGCUAUUGUGCGCGGCGCUGCCGAGUGUCUUCCUGAUCCGUUCCUCCACUUGGCAAAGGACCAUCCGCAGGUUGUCGGUCAGGUUCGCAAGCUGUUAUCCAAGUCCACAUCUACAACAACACUAGAGGAGUACUAUGAAAGUGUGCAGAAGUCGCUCUGUGGCAAUUGCUCAGGAGCUGGUCCGCUGAAUCACAUUAGUCUUGUAGGUACUGUCAGUGAAGAGGUAGGUGGCUACUUCCCUGAGAUGCUGGAGCGUCUGGAGGAGAGUCCCUUUCUCCAAGCAACCAUGCCUUGGGGCCGCCUGUCCAAAUUAAAACUGGGGUCACAGCGUGACAGUAACGAUGGCCCCAUCUUGUGGGUUCGACCUGGUGAGCAAAUGAUCUCUAGUGACCAUCCGACGGAUCAGCCUGCUGCGAAGCGGAUAAGGAAAUCCACUGGGGCAUUGGCAGACCUGUACAGUCAGAAGCAGAGGGGCACCCGAGAGACACUGUUUGAAGAUCGUACUUACUGCCAUGCUGAUCAGGUGGCUGAGGACGGGGGUGAUGGUGGCAUCGGGCGACACACCACCUGUGCUGUUGGCGUCUUGAAAGCAGUAACCCGACGUGGGAAACCAGCUCCAGAGAAACUGGUGGUCAAGGACGUGAUAGCAUUCUCGGCCUCGUCAUUUACCAGCGUGGCAAAAGAGUUAUCGAUCGAUGUGUUUGAGCCACCAGCUUCACAGUGUACAAUAUGGGUGUGCCAGGGCAAACUCAAUGCCAUGCACCGAGCUCUGGGGCCAAGUCUGCGGUACGCGCGUAUCCAGUUGCAUGCCAAUGACAUCUACUUCAUACCGCGCAACGUCAUCCAUCAGUUUCAGACCAUGGCGGCGUGUACAAGUAUAGCGUGGCAUCUGCGUUACUUGGGCUACGCCAACAAGCCGCAUUUAGACCUGAUCCCCUCUCUGCUGAACGGCUCCACCAUGGCUCCUUCCUCACCCGUUCCACCUGCCACCACCUCUGAUUCACCAAGCAGUGCUACACAGUCACCUGGUCUUGUCCGGCGGAAACGGAAGCGUAACGCGAACCAAGCAAGGCGCAAAGCAUCCCAGCAGGAGGCGUCCGUCGAUGAUCAAGAAGAAUCAGCAGCGGUGACUGCAGUGUCUCCAGCUCCAGCAGCGAAUAAAGACGGCCUUGGCAGUGGCAAAGUGCUGGAUCCAGAGCGCUCCAGCAAUGGUGGCAAGCUGCUGGACCAGAAGCGCUCCAGCAAUGGUAAUGGCAGUGGUGCGAAUGGACAGCAUACUGCACCGGCGGCGAGUGAGCUGUUGACAUCUGAUCAUUCGACUUCACCGUGUAGUGAUGGAAGUCCACUUGGCAGUCAGUCACCCGGCGAUCAACAACAACCUUUGACGGUUGUGGCAGCGGUACCAACCACAUCAUCAUCAGCAGCAGCAGCAGCAGCAGCAGCAAGACAAUGCAGCAAGGUGAGUCAUGGUAUGGAGUGUUUUGAAGAUGUCGCUUCUCCUCAAUCCACUUCGGAAUCCGAUUCCCCGGCCGCUAAUGAGACCCCAGACGUAUUCACAACUACCAGCGUGAAACGGGAGACAGAGGACAACACAACAGUCACUACCAGUCACUCAUUCUAUGCCGCAGCUGCGGUUUCCGCCGAGCAGCUUGUUGAGGAUUGCAAACCGUUAUUCGUGCAUCCGGCUUACACUGCCAUGCGAGCUGCUGCACCACACUCUUGACCAUUGCCCAUAUUGAUGAGAGUGCCGCCAGUCCAGUGGUCAGCCAUCUACCUUAUCGCAGUUGCGGCAGCCUGACCUGGCGUAAGUAACCAGUGAUAGUGCAUGUGACUGCCACUCACUGCCAUAACGCUAUGCGCCAUUACACUGUGCGUCCUGCAUGCAUCCACGUAACUAUGUAGCCACUGCACUUGAGACCCAUCCAGAGUCGAGCAAGAGAACAACGAGAGAUGGCAAAGUAUGCUUGCUAGCAGCUCACAUAGAUUAUAAAAAAGUAUUCACUACCAAGCUGGCCUCCUAGCACACUUAUUAUAUCCACGAUAUCACACAUCUCAUGUUACCGAGAAUUCCCAAAGGCACACGUAUUCAAGAGCACAGCACUUGCUCCCGUCUUCUACAUGUAGUUCUUUUGCAUGUUCAAAGAGUACGAGUACUGGAAAAGCGCUUUCUGCCAAACAUAGCCGGUUAGCAAUAUGCCGACAUACCAGAGAGCAGCAUCAUAUGAUUAUGAAAGAAUGACCUCGCGUCUAGCGGCCACAAUAUAUAAUCAAGAUUUCAGCAGCAGCAGCAUCAUGAUCAUCAUCAAAUACACACUCCCCACACUCAGGCCAAUUCUAUUGUCUACAGAAAGCUUAGUCUUUUGCUCUAGAAUUUUGUCCAAUAGUACUCGUUGUACACAAUUAGCAGUAGGUUGCCAUGCGAGCAGCAGCGUACACAGAUAUUAGCAGUAGGUUGUCACGCGAGCAGCAGCUUGCGUCUGGUUUUUCCUGUAAUGAGUCAUGUCUGUGCACUCUCGAUUGCUUAGUUUCUCCUGCCUUUACAAUUCUUUGAAUCACGCCUCUCUGAGCGUACUCAAAGUGAAGUCUUAUUAUUCUGCCACUUCGCUGGUUCCCAUUCUAGUUUGCCUCUUGUAAAAAUCAUUCCCUGAAACACCGUA